AUGGCAAGCGCGGAGCGAAGUGCCGUGGCUUUGAAGGCGUUCCGGCAAAUCAUCCAAGAGCUGCGCAAGACUGACAAGACAUUCAACACAUCUUCUCCACAAUACAAGUUCCUCGCCGAUCAGAUGCUCAGACAUAAGACGACACAACGUGUUCUCUCGAAGGGGCCAACCGAAAUGGAAAGUGUUGCACAGUUGUACGCCACUUAUUUGAGCAGCACCCGUCGCCUCCUCGCUCUGCAAGAAACGUACAAGGGCACCGAGAAGACUGUCGAAGAAAGCGCGAAUCUCGUCGGACUGUCCCUGCCGAAGAAAGAACAUUCUCAU